AUGGCAGGCCUACAGCUCGUCACUCCUGCCUCUUCACCCAUGGGGCCCUUCUUCGGUCUGCCAUGGCAGCAGGAGGCCAUCCAUGACAACAUCUACACACCUAGGAAAUAUCAGGUUGAACUUCUUGAAGCAGCUCUUGAACACAAUACUAUUGUCUGCUUGAAUACUGGCUCAGGGAAGACCUUUAUUGCAGUACUCCUAACAAAAGAGCUGUCCCACCAAAUUCGUGGAGACUUCCGAGAAAAUGCAAAGAGGACUGUUUUUCUGGUUAAUACAGCUUCGUCUGUGGUUCAGCAAGCAGCAGCAGUUCGGACUCACUCAGACUUACAGGUGGGAGAGUAUACCAAUGUGGAGGACACCUUAGCAUGGAGAGACCAACAUUGGGCCAGAGAGAUGAUUGAAAACCAGGUGCUCGUCAUGACGUGCCACAUAUUCCUGCAUGUACUCAAGAAUGGAAUCUUGCCACUGUCUAAAAUCAAUCUGGUGGUGUUUGAUGAGUGCCACCUUGCCAUCACAGACCACCCCUACCAGGAGAUAAUGAAGCUGUUUGAGGGCUGUCCAUGCAGUCCCCGCAUUCUGGGUCUCACCGCCUCCAUCCUUAAUGGGAAAUGUGACCCACUGGAACUGGAGCAGAAGAUCCAGAACCUAGAACAGAUCCUGAGGAGCAAUGCUGAAACUGCCACUGACCUUGUGGUCUUGGACAGAUAUGCUUCUCAGCCAAGAGAAGUGGUAGUAGACUGCGGCCCCUACCUGGACAAGAGCGGCCUCUCAGGGCGUCUGCUGGGAGAGCUCAAUGAAGCACUCGACUUUCUCCAUGACUGCAACAUACCUGUGACCAGGGAAGAUCGUGACCCCACUUUCAUAUCGAAACAGGUUCUGAGUGACUGCUGCGCCGUGCUGCUGGUUUUGGGGCCCUGGUGCGCAGACAAAGUGGCGGGCAUCAUGGUGCGCGAACUCCAGAAGUAUAUCAAGCAUGAACAGGAGGAGCUCAAUCGUAAGUUUUUGCUCUUCACCGACACAAUCCUGCGCAAGGUGCACGCCCUCUGUGAAGAACACUUCUCGCCUGCCUCGCUGGACCUCAAGUUCGUCACACCCAAAGUCCUUCGCCUGCUGGAGAUCCUGCACGAGUACAAGCCUUUCGAGCGGCAGCAGUUCGAGAGCGUGGAGUGGUACAACAACCGUAACCAGGACAACUAUGUGUCAUGGAGUGACUCUGAGGAUGAAGACGAAGAUGAGGAGGUGGAAGCCAAGGAGAAGCCCGAAGCCAAUUUUCCCUCGCCCUUCACCAACAUCCUGUGUGGAAUCAUAUUUGUGGAGAGGCGUUACACAGCUGUUGUUCUAAAUCGUCUAAUCAAAGAGGCAGGAAAGCAGGAUCCAGAGCUGGCUUACAUCAGCAGCAACUUCAUCACAGGCCACAGCAUUGGUAAAAAUCAGCCACGCAACAAGCAGAUGGAGGUUGAGUUCAGGAAACAAGAAGAGGUUCUCCGCAAAUUUCGAGCUCAUGAAACCAACUUGCUCAUCGCCACCAGCAUUGUGGAGGAAGGUGUAGAUAUUCCAAAGUGCAACCUGGUGGUGCGUUUUGACCUUCCCACAGAAUACCGGUCCUAUGUCCAGUCCAAAGGCAGGGCCCGCGCACCUGUGUCCAACUACAUCAUGUUGGCAGACAGUGAUAGGACCAAAGCCUUUGAGGAGGAUCUCAAGACCUACAAGGCCAUAGAGAAGAUCUUGAGAAACAAGUGUUCCAAGUCGGCGGAGGUGACAGAGUUUGAGGUGGAGCAGGUGCUGGAUGACGACAACAUUCUCCCACCCUACGUGCUUCGCUCUGAGGACGGGGGUCCCCGCGUCACGAUCAACACAGCCAUUGGACACAUUAACAGGUAUUGUGCUCGACUUCCAAGUGACCCAUUCACCCACUUGGCGCCCAAGUGUAAAACUGUGGAGACAAAGGAUGGACGGUACCAGUCCACGCUCUUCCUGCCCAUCAACUCCCCGCUGAGAGCCCCAGUAAAGGGUCCUGUCAUGAGUUGUGCCAGACUUGCCGAGAAAGCUGUUGCACUACUGUGUUGUGAGAAGCUUCACAAAAUAGGCGAGCUGGAUGACCACCUGAUGCCAGUUGGGAAGGAGACAGUAAAGUAUGAGGAGGAGUUAGACCUGCAUGAUGAGGAGGAGACCAGUGUCCCUGGCCGACCUGGCUCCACCAAAAGGAGGCAGUGCUACCCUAAAGCCAUACCAGAGUGUCUUCGAGAUAGUUUCGCUUUACCGCAGCAGUCCUACUACCUAUAUGUGAUAGGGAUGGUCCUUACCACCCCUCUUCCCGACGAGCUCAACUUUCGCAGAAGGAAGCUCUACCCACCAGAGGACACCACCAGGUGCUUCGGCAUCCUGACUGCCAAACCCAUACCCAGAAUUCCCCAUUUCCCAGUGUACACCCGUUCAGGCGAGGUGACCAUUUCAAUUGAGCUGCAGAAGUCGGGCUUCACUCUCACUGCCGCCCAGCUGGACCUCAUCACGCGCCUACACCAGUACAUCUUCUCCCACAUACUCCGUCUGGAGAAACCUGCGCUGGAGUUCAAGCCCACGCUGGCUGACUCUGCUUACUGUGUUUUGCCCCUUAAUGUUGUUGGGGAUUCCAACACACUUGAUUUGGACUUCAAGUUUAUGGAGGACAUAGAGAAAUCUGAGGCCCGUAUUGGCAUUCCUACCACUCAGUACACCAAGCAGAAUCCCUUCACCUUCAAACUAGAGGACUACCAGGAUGCUGUCAUCAUUCCAAGGUAUCGCAACUUUGACCAGCCGCAUCGCUUCUAUGUGGCCGACGUGUACACAGACCUCACACCCCUAAGCAAGUUCCCUUCACCAGAGUAUGAGACCUUUGCAGAAUACUACAAAACAAAGUACAACUUGGACCUGUCCAAUCUGAACCAGCCACUUCUGGACGUAGACCACACCUCAUCCAGACUUAACCUGUUGACACCUCGGCAUCUCAACCAGAAAGGUAAAGCGCUGCCGCUCAGCAGUGCUGAGAAGAGGAAGGCCAAGUGGGAAAGUCUUCAGAAUAAACAGAUUCUUGUUCCAGAGCUGUGUGCCAUUCAUCCCAUCCCCGCCUCCCUGUGGAGGAAGGCGGUGUGUCUACCCAGCAUCCUCUACCGCCUACACUGCCUCCUCACGGCAGAGGAGCUAAGAGCCCAGACGGCCAUUGAAGCUGGAGUUGGAGCUCAGACCCUACCUCCUGACUUCAGAUAUCCAAACCUAGACUUCGGGUGGAAGAGGUCCAUCGACAGCAAAACUUUCAUCUCCUGUCACGAGUUGUGUGCUGAGGAUGAAGAGGGUCCCUGUAAGCACCUGUCAGCUGUAGCCCCUGAACCUGACGCACACCAACCCUGUAGCCACCCCUCUUCCCCAUCUGAGCAAUGUCCCUCAGAGAGCCAGGGGCCAUUAGUGGCUCUGCAGCAUGGAGAGGUCGCAUGCACCAGGAACCUUACCAACGGCACUGCUGAAGUCGCCAAUUGCGGGGACAACGGCCACCAAGAAGAGCACCUUCACCAACAUGACAAUUGCCAACACUCCCAGCCUAACUCCCCUGAGCUGGAGAGCCCCGAAUCAAAACAAACCACUACCUCAUUUCCUGUGCAGCCCUCUCCCAGCUUCAAAAAGUUCAGCACAAGCCCCACCCGAUCACAGCCCCAGCCUAGUGAUGAAUGUACACAAGGGAGGACCUCAGACCAUGUGAAAAAAGCUACCUCAGUCUGCAGCCUGGCAGCCAUGGGACAGGACGCUUCCACAGCACCUUCAACUAACCCCGUGGAUCAUCCCCAGCCCAGCACUGUGGCAGGGGACUCUCCCAAAAGCCUGGGGCCCAACCCGGGCCUCAUCUUACAGGCCUUGACCCUAUCCAAUGCUAGCGAUGGCUUCAAUCUGGAACGACUGGAGAUGCUGGGCGACUCCUUCCUUAAGCACGCCAUCACCACAUACCUGUUCUGUACCUACCCUGACGCCCAUGAGGGUCGCCUGUCGUACAUGCGUAGCAAAAAGGUGAGCAACUGUAACCUCUACCGUCUGGGAAAGAAAAGAGGACUCCCCAGUCGGAUGGUGGUGUCCAUCUUCGACCCUCCGGUCAAUUGGUUGCCUCCUGGCUAUGUGGUCAACCAGGACAAGAGCAGCACAGACAAAUGGGAUUCAGAUGAGACAGCCAAAGAAGAGCUCCUGGCCAAUGGACAGUCGAGAGAGGUCUAUGAGGAAGAUGAUGAUGAGGAAGCAGAUGAAGGGGACAUGGAUGAGGAGCUGAUGUUGAAGGAUGAGCCAAAAGAUGAGGUCAACAUGGAGGACGACCUGGAGUACUACCAGGAGCACAUCAAGUUCAUUGACAACAUGCUGAUGGGCUCUGGUGCCUUUGGCAAGAAGAUCUCCCUCAGCGCCUUCUCCUCCUUGGCUACCCCUCCCCCUACCUCCUCCCCUGCCCCUGAAUCACCCUAUGAAUGGAAGGGCCCCAAGAAGCCUCCGCACCACGCCACAGCUCACUACCCUUCAGAGGCAGUGCCUGGUGGCCCUUCAGCUGAGGAGUUUGACUACAGCUCGUGGGAUGCCAUGUGCUAUUUGGACCCUAGCAAAGCAGGGGAGGAGGAUGACUUUGUGGUGGGCUUCUGGAAUCCCUCGGAGGAGAACUGCGGGGCAGAAAUGGGCAAGCAGUCCAUCUCUUAUGACCUGCACACAGAGCAGUGCAUCGCUGACAAGAGCAUCGCAGACUGUGUGGAGGCUUUGCUGGGCUGCUACCUGACCAGCUGUGGAGAAAGAGCAGCCCAGAUGUUCCUCUGCUCUCUUGGCCUCAAGGUGUUACCGGUUGAGCGAAGGACAUUGAUGGACAUAGACUUGUCAAGCUCACAGACAAACACCCUCGACAUCCGUUAUGGCUGGCUUAAGAUCCCACCCCGUUGCAUGUUGGACCAUCCAGAUGCAGAGCGCACUCUCAACCACCUCAUCUCUGGUUUUGAGAACUUUGAGAGGAAGAUCAACUACACGUUCCAGAAUAAGGCCUACCUUCUGCAGGCCUUUACCCAUGCAUCCUACCAUUACAAUACCAUUACAGAUUGUUACCAGCGGCUUGAGUUCCUUGGUGAUGCAAUUCUAGACUACCUCAUUACGAAGCACCUUUAUGAAGACCCCCGCCAGCACUCGCCUGGUGUGCUGACCGACCUGCGCUCGGCACUCGUUAACAACACCAUCUUCGCCUCUCUGGCUGUGAAGUACGACUACCACAAGUACUUCAAGGCCAUCUCGCCUGAGCUUUUCCACGUCAUUGACGACUUUGUGCAAUUUCAGCUGGAGAAGAACGAGAUGCAAGGCAUGGACUCUGAGCUGCGGCGCUCUGAAGAAGACGAGGAGAAGGAGGAGGACAUUGAGGUCCCCAAGGCCAUGGGGGAUAUCUUUGAGUCGCUAGCCGGAGCCAUCUACAUGGAUAGCAGGAUGUCACUGGAGACAGUGUGGCAGGUGUAUUAUCCCAUGAUGAGGCCACUCAUAGAGAAAUUCUCUGCCAACGUGCCCCGCUCUCCUGUGAGGGAGCUGCUAGAGAUGGAACCAGAAACUGCCAAGUUCAGCCCCGCGGAGCGGACCUACGACGGCAAGGUGCGAGUGACGGUGGAGGUCGUGGGGAAGGGCAAGUUCAAAGGAGUGGGCCGCAGCUAUCGGAUCGCCAAGUCUGCAGCGGCGCGACGGGCCCUGCGCAGCCUCAAAGCCAAUCAACCUCAGGUCCAAAACAACUGA